AUUACUAAUGCGACAUCUUCGUGCCUUAUUCGACACAGCCGUCGCAUCGGUGAAACCUGCUUCGGUUUUUUCGAAUGGUUUAUUGAAAUACGACCUCGGAAAGCUCUCAAUUGAGGCAGGGUUAAGCCAGCGCGUUAAUGUUGACAUUAUAGAGAACAGAGGCGUAUUUGUACUUGCGUUUGGGAAAGCUUCUUUGGCGAUGACUUAUUCUCUGCUGCGGGAAGUGCCCACACAAUUUAUACGGAAAAUCAAAGCGAUUCAAGCGAUAUAUCCCGCCUCUUUAAUGGAAGCAUCUGAAGCGCUGACAGAAAUUGAAAACAUCUGUAAUUCAUCGAACAUUUCCUCUUCAAUAGAUUUCAAAUUUUUCCCGGCUGCGCCUGAAAACAUUCCCGACCAAAACUCGAUGUCAGCGACUGAAAACGUGAUUAAAAGUUUAAUCAACACUUCAACUUGGCCUUCACCUCCUGUAAUUAUUGUUCUGAUUUCGGGAGGAGGAUCGGCUCUGUUGUCUUUGCCAGCAGAUGAAAUUGGCCAAUCAGAAAAGCUGGAAGUGAUCAAACAAAUGAGUAAAAAUGGCGCCUCAAUCCAGCAAUUGAAUACAGUCAGAAGUGCGUUAUCGAAAGUAAAAGGUGGACAAUUAUUGGCGUUUGUGCCGGAGGGAUCGACUGUUGUUAAUUUGGUGAUGUCCGAUAUAAUAGGAGAUCCUUUGUAUCUAAUCGCAAGUGGACCUACAGUUAUGCCGAGAGAGAAAUCUUCAGUUGAGAAGCUGCAGUCAAUUAUGAAACUGUACGGAUGUUCAGAUAGUCUUAUCUCAAGAGCGGCUUCCAAUCUUGUUGCAUCAAGGUUGGUUUUGGAGAAGGUAACAAUUCCAGUGGAAAAUUUGAUAGUCUGCAGCAACACUAUGGCGGUCAAAGCAGUGCUAGAUGAUUCUGUUUCGAAGUGGAACUUUGACCACAGUCUGUGUUUAACUAGCACGUAUCAGGGAUCAGUUCAUGAUAUGGUAGACAUAAUAUUCAGCAUGUUGUUGGAGAUAAUGACGCAUCUGCAAGGUGAAGAUAGCAAUGACAAUCAGCCCUCAGAAUUUCAAACAGCGAACCCAUUUUUCAAAACGGCUCUCAAGUCCGACAUAUUUGCUGAGGAAUUUCUCAAAUUAUCCUUUCAGCCAAAAUCAGACUCAAAGAAACCCCAAACUCUAUUGAUUGUUGCUGGUGAACCAACCAUGAAUGUGACUGGAAAUGGUAUCGGAGGUCGGAACCAACACGCUACACUUUUAGCGCUCAAAACAUACACAGAAAAUUUCGAAAUAUUCUCCAAACAUGAAUUAUCUUUUUUAUCUGCGGGAACCGACGGUCAAGACGGGCCAAAUGAGUCGGCGGGUGCUGUAAUCGACCAAAAUAUUGCAUCAUUUGUUAUGCAAUCUGCGGAAACGAAAAGUAACGUUGAAACGAGUAUUAAAAACUGUGAUUCGUACAAUUUUUUUGAUUGUCUUGACAAAAAACUCAAAGCAGCAAAUAAAGAAUGGCAGAAUGGUGCACACAUCAAAUGUGGGCACACAGGAACUAAUGUAAUGGACUUAGUUUUUGUCUCGUUCAAACUUUAAUUUUGUAGAUAUAUAUUUCGGCAAUCGCCAUAUCAGAUUUCUAUUUUAUUGUAAUCUUGUUAUGGAGAUAGUUUAAUGUCAUCAUUUAUUUGAUA